AUGGAUGGGUCAAAAUGCAUUAAGUUUGAGAUCAGACUACGAACUAAGAUAAAGCAGGGUAUUAGAUACCAAGAGAUUCGUAGGUUUCUUACUCUAGUGAACAAGUAUAGAAUUUAUGAUGAGGACUACAAGGCUCAUUCCACUCACUACAAGAGCGUUAGUGAGAGGAAGGGAAAUAAUCAGUUUAGAGGAAACCAUACAGCCACCAUGCUAAUGAAUGCAAGAAUAAUGUACCGAGGUGUUUCAAGUGUGGAUCAUAUUAGUACAAAUUGUCAAAAGCCGAAGAAAGCACAGUCUGGAGGGAAAGUCUUUGCUUUGAAUAUGACAAAUAUUACUUGUGUUGACCAUUUGAUUCGAGGUACAUGUAUUAUAAAUAGUAUUCCUUUUAUUGUUAUUAUUGACACGGGUGCAACACAUUCGUCUAUUUCACUUAAGUGUGCUAAGAGGUUGGAUUUGAAAUUGUCUUCUAUGGAUAGGAAUAUGAUUAUUGACACCCCGACUCUAGGUUCAGUAACCACUUCAUGGUUGGAGUUCAAGCAUGUUCAUAUCAACUGUUCUGACAAAACGGUAUCAAUUCCAGAGUUUGAUGCUAUUAAUGAGUUGUUCGUGUCAGCUAAGGAAGGGAAUGAGUUCGUAAAGGAUGAUGUUGCAAUGUUUAGGAUAUUAGCUUCUAUGAAGGCAGAACGUAAAGAUGUGUUGGGCGAGUUUCCAGUGGUGUUUGAUUUUCCAGAGGUGUAA